AAAAUUUUGUAUCCUCGUGUAUUUUUGUGGUUAUAUUUUGAUAAAUAAAUAUAAGAAUAUAAAUAAUUUAGAAUGAAAGAAAUUUUAAUAACAAAGUGCGAAAAAAAAUUUAUAAAUUCCGCUCUUGAUGAAAAUAUCAGACUCGAUGGGAGGAAAUUAAAUGAAGCAAGAAAAAUAAAAUUACAUUUUGGAUCCAGUUGGGGAUCAUGUUUAGCAUCUCUAGGACAAACCAGAGUAAUAGCAAAUGUGUCAUGUGAUAUCCAGCAGCCAAAAUUAUCACGACCGAAUGAAGGCUUAUUGUACAUAAAUGUUGAGUUAAAUCCAUUGGCAGCGGCUCACUUUGAAGCUGGAAGACAAUCCGAGGCUGGGGUAUCCCUAACAAGACAACUAGAAAGAUGUUUCAAAGAUUCUAGGUGCAUUGAUAUGGAAUCUCUGUGCAUUGUUGCUGAUAAAAAAGUAUGGAAUAUCAGAGUUGAUAUCAAUGUCAUCAAUCACGAUGGCAAUUUAGUUGAUUGCGCCAGUAUCGCAACAUUAGCAGCUCUAUCGCAUUUCCAUCGACCUGAUGUCACUUCAACUGGAGACGACGUUAUUAUUCAUUCAUUUGCAGAAAAAGAUCCACUGCCUUUGACGUUAUUCCACCAGCCUGUUUGUGUUUCAUUUUCUACAUUUGAAAAUGGAAAGACAGUUAUGGAUCCAACGUACAUUGAAGAAAGACUGGGAGUCACUCAAUUAACGAUGGGGUUGAAUGCGUACCAUGAGUUUGUAAAUUUAUCAUUCGCUGACAAAUCAUCGUCAUCUAAAGUGUCAACUGACGUAUUGGCUUCUGUUAAAUCUAUCGCAGCCACACAUGCCGUUAAUGUCAUACGUCAAAUACGUGAUGCUGUAACACUUGACGUUCAAACCAGAUACAAAAAAGAAAUAUGCAAAAUAAAUAGAUUCAAAGACGCGAUAUCUUCCGAUAAAAUAAGUAUGUUCAGCGAAAGGAUAGCCAUCAAAUUAUCGCAAUGGAAUACCAGAGAAAUUAAAACUGAUAAAGAAGAAAAUAGCGGUGAUGAAAAGAUGGAUUGCAAUUUUGAUGGAAAUGAUGAUAAUGGUGAUGAUGAUAACGAUGUUGUAAUGGUGGAAUCAAAUACAGAAGUACGAAAAAUAGGAGUCGGAUCCGCUGAAUUGAUAACAAAAAUGGGUGAAAAUUUUGGCGAAGGUAAAAAAAAUUCAUGGAUUAAUUCGUCUGACGACGAUGAUGAUGAUGAUGAUGAUGAUGAUGAUGAUAAUGAUGAUGGUGAUGAAGUUGAAACUUUAAAAGUAACUAAAGUUAAUAAAGUACUCGAUGAAAUAGUACUGAGUGACAGCGAAGAAGAAGAUACCCAAGUAUUAUCAAAUCCCGAUUUACUAUAAAUUAAAAAGUUGAAUUAUCAUUUGGUAAAAUAAAUUUUGAAUAAAAAAAAAUAAUAACAAUUA